GAACUUGCAGGCAGCUGAGUCCUGUCAAAAUGCCUGCCGACUACAAUGGACGCUGGGAGAUGGUGAGCAAUGAGAACUUCGAGGAGGUCAUGAAGGCCCUCGACAUUGACUUUGCCACCAGAAAGAUCGCUUCCCAUCUGCACCAGACAAAGGUGAUCGUCCAGAACGGAGACAAGUUUGAAACGAAGACACUGAGCACCUUCAGAAACUACGAGGUCAACUUCACCGUGGGAGAGGAGUUUGAGGAGCACACAAAGGGCCUGGACAACCGAAAAGUCAAGACACUGGUCACCUGGGACGGGGACAAGCUGGUGUGUGUUCAGAAGGGGGAGAAGGAAAAUCGUGGGUGGAAACACUGGAUAGAGGGAGACCUGCUACACCUGGAAAUCACUGUGCUCGACAAAGUCUGCCACCAAGUAUUUAAGAAGACACAAUAACAUGGAAACAAACCUCACCUGCUCAAAACUGUCUGUCAUGUGUUGCAUGUUGCUGUCUAUUUAUAAAGUGAUAGUGGAGAACUGUAAUAAAUGGAUUUAAUACCA